UCUCACUUUCUCUCUCUUUCUCUCUCCCACACUCCACACACACUCUCACACUGGGCAGUGAGAAAGCACUCCGCAAGCAGCAAAGGUCAGACUAGCAUUCCACUUCUCCACCUGCAAACAUGAGUUACUCUGGCAACGUCUACUCCAGCAGUUCCUAUCGGAAGAUCUUCGGGGAUACGCCCCAGAGCUCCGGCCGCAUGUCGGUGGGCAGCAGCCCCUCUCGCCAGUCCGGCGGAUACCGCUCCAGCGGCGCACACCGCAACUAUGGCUCCCCAUCCAUGGUCACAUCCUCCGGCUACCGUAAGGUGGGUGCCGGGCGCAACUUCCACUCCUCCAUGCCCGACUCCAUGGACUUGACCCAGUCCACGGCCGUCACCAACGAGAUGAAAAUCAUCCGCACCAACGAGAAGGAGCAGCUCCAGGGCUUGAACGACCGCUUCGUCUCCUUCAUCGAGAAGGUCCACAACCUGGAGCAGCAGAACAAGGUUCUGGAUGCCGAGGUGACCCUGCUGCGCCAGCGCCACACAGAGCCCUCCCGCCUGCACAACCUGUACGAGCAGGAGAUCCGCGAGCUGAGGGCGCGAGUCGAGGAGCUGGCGCACGAAAAGAGCCAGAUGCACCUGGACUGCGUGCAGAUGAACGAGACGCUGGACCGCGUGAAGGAGAAGCUGGACGAGGAGACGAGGCUCCGCGAGGAGGCGGAGGGCACCCUGAAGAGCUACCGCAAGGACGUGGAUGACGCCACGAUGUCCCGGCUCGAGCUGGAGAAGAAAGUCGAGUCACUGGUGGAUGAGAUCGCCUUCCUCAGGAAAGUGCACGAGGAGGAGCUGCAAGAGCUGCAGGCUUCCCUGCAAGCCACACAGGUGUCAGUAGAGAUGGACAUGAGGGAUGGUCAACCCGAUCUGGCCGUGGCCCUGAAGGACAUCCGUGCCCAGUACGAGGUCCUGUCAGCCAAGAACCAGAACCAGGCCGAGGAGUGGUACCGCUCUAAGUUCGCCAGUGUGAACGAGGUGGCCGCCCGCAACCAGGACCAGGUGAAGCAUAGCAGGGAGGAGCUAAAUGAGUACCGCAGGCAGGUGCAGGCCCGCACCCUGGAGAUCGAGGCCCUCAGGGGCCACAAUGAGGCCCUGGAGAGGCAGAUGGCUGAGAUGGAGGACCGGCAAAGCAAUGAGAUGGGAGAGAUGCAGGAGACCAUCCAGCAGCUUGAGUCUGCCCUCCGCAGCACCAAGGGGGAGAUGUCCCGUCACUUGCGUGAGUACCAGGACCUGUUGAAUGUCAAGAUGGCCCUGGACAUUGAGAUCGCUGCUUACAGGAAGCUGUUGGAAGGUGAAGAGUGCCGUCUGAGUACAGUGGGCGGAAAUAUCCUGCAGUCAGGCUACUCUGGCUUCUCCUAUUCGUCCGGCCGCUCCUACGCCCUGGGUUCCUACAGGAUGAGGGGAGCCAAGCCUGAGGAACCAGAGGAGGAGGAGGAUGAGGAAGAGAAGGAGGAAGAGGAGAACAAGGAGGAAGGAGAGGAGGGAGGGGAUGGAGAGGAGAAUGGAGAUGGAGAUGAGGAGGAAGAUGAGGAAAAUGAGGAUGAAGUUCAGAAGAAGAAGGAAGAGAAGGAGGGUGCUCCCAGCAAAAGCACCAAAAGCUAAACUGCUUGUGUCAUCGAUCAUCAAUGCCUUUCGCCCUACUGCAGUCCACUCAUUCACUCAAAUGGACCCCUUCCCUGUCACCUCAUCUCUGUUUCACAAGGACACACACGCACACACACUUACCGUACUCACGACAAAUGCCUCACACAGACAUACCUUCUCCUCUCGUUCUCUGGGUAUCAAUAAUCAGCUGUGUGGUGGAAAACAGAAAGACCGACAACGCAGAGAGGUGUAUUACCCUACCAGAAGAUAGACCUGUAGCUGCAUUUCCUUUAUACGGGGCUCAGGAUCCUAUGUCACGGUACUCCAUAGAUGAUGGUUACCACAGGGAGCAGAGAGAAGGUGCUCAACAUGACAGUAUUAAGCCAGUCAGUCAGUAAGAGAAUGCCUUAAAGCAAGUAUGAUGUCAGAUUAAGAGGUCAGGGAUGAUAUCGCCCAGUAAGGUCCCGUCUUUAUGUGCUAUUAAUUAUAUGAGAUAUGGUUAAGAGAAAUACAAUUGUAAUCUUGAAGGUAAUAAUAGGAUCCUGGUAGUAGCACACAUACUCAGCCUACUAUAUGCACAGAGGUCUGGAGCAUUGAACUUUACCAACUUUUACCAGUCCAACUUUUAAGGUGCAUUUAGAAUAAAUACAUAAAAAAAAGUUGGAAACAUCUAGGGAAUUUCAUGCUCUUUAAACCUUUUCAUGAAUGUUAGCGUAUAAUAUUGGGGACAAAGAAAUGCAGAUCAUUCCCGUGGGUGCAAUAACGUAUUCUGAGCUGAAGAUGCAAACUGGCACACUGAAUGCUCCUCACUCCUCUCUUUUUCAUUCACAGGAGACAGAUAUAGAAUGUUCUGUCCAUUGACCCACUUUCUUUUCCAUCACUUUUAAUCACCAGAAAAGUAAACAUUUCACCACUCACCUUCCCCCCUCUCUCGGUCACUGUGAAUGUCAUAGCACGGCAAAAUGACAACAUGGAUUCUAGAAAAAAGUACAUGAAAUCAUAGCGUUUAUUUGGGAUGGUUCUAUUUUCAAAGGUAGGGGAUAAAUGCAUUGUGCAGCACCUCUUCUGUGUUCAGAAGGGGACCUUUCAGGAAUGAAACAUUUAGAGUUUUAAAAUGCUGCUAUUUAUCACACUAUACCCUUAUAUUUGAUUUAGAAAUACCCCCUCUUGAUUGAUUCAUUUGUCAAUGAAUGGAUAUGCCCUCAAAGUAAUAUAACUCAAUCCAAACCUGAGGUAAAUGUCUCUCCUAGUCCCUUCCUUUUCCCAGAUUAGUCUGUCUUGUUUGUUAACUAUCUGCAGUCUUUUAGUGCUCUGUACCCUACGACCUUCUGGCUGGUGGUUUGAGUGGUAGAGUGUGUGUUGUUAAGUCCCAAAUGGUACCCUUUCCCUAUAUUCUGCACUACUUUUGAUCAGAGCCCAUCGGGCGCUGGUCAAAAGUAGUGUACUAUAUAGGGAAUAGGGUGCCAUUUGAGAUGCAGCCUGUGUUUGCUUUUUAGCAGUGUGCUCUGCUCCAGACAGUGAAGAGGCAUGUGGCUGCUGUGAAGGACAGCUGGCUGUAACAAUGAGUGAGAGACAGCCCUCCACUCUGACUGCAGCACAGGCGGCCGGCCGGUGGCACCUUCAUUGGGGAGUACGGUCUCAUAGUAAUGGCUGGAAUGGAAUAAAUGGAAUGGUAUCAAACACACC